UUAAAAACUAAUUCAUUUUUACAGGACGCAGUUGUUUUCAAGUUUACGAAUUUUGAAUGCAAAAGUUACAACCUGUCGUGGUUCGUAUUCCACAACUACCGUCUGAAGGCCGUCAGUCGCGAUAGGGUUCUGCUCAAUAUGAAUGGAACUGUUCUCCACCCGGUCAAUAACAUCCAUCUUCAUGCCAAGAUCUUUAAAAGGGCCAGUGGUUUUAAGCCUUGGGUACUUGAGUCCAAUAUAGAUGCCUGCAGGUAUAUGCGGAAACCUUACGAUCCAUUCAUUAGUAUCGUCUACAAUAUUUUCAAAGAAUUUACCAACAUUAAUCACACCUGUCCAUAUGUGGGUCUACAAGUUGUCAAAGAUUUUUAUCUGAAACCGGAACUUUUACACCUGCCCUUUCCAUCUGGAGAAUAUUUACUAACGAUGAAAUGGUACUUCAACAGGAAAAGACAAUUCGAAACAAAUGUCAGUUUUAUUUAUGUAGAGGAUCUUCUAAAUAGAAAUUAGCAGGAACAGAAAAUGACUGUAUUGAAUUGCAAGUAAAAUGCACUUCUGUUUUGUACAAUAAGACCUCUAUUAUAAAGGCUUUUGCAAGAGCAAAAUGGAAUCGAAUAAAUGGAACUUAUUAUUGCUUUUUAAUGAUCAAAUAUAUGGGAAAACGAUUCUGAUAAAAGUCCUUUAUUUACACAUACACAGUUAAAAAUAAAUGAAAUUUAUAGCAAAUAGUAUGUGGAUUAAUCAAUAGUAAAGUGGGGGUUAAUAAACCUACCUCAUAUUCUUAAUGCAUAUCAGUUAAAUAAUAUGGAAUAAAUACACACAAGAAGUAGAUUAUAUAAUUGUGUUGUGAUAGUUGGAUCUACCUGGAUCGUAUUUUAAAAUUCUAGGAACACAACGCUAAUUGAAGCAAACUUAUGUUGUUAAUUAAUUUAUGUAUUUUUCUGAAUAAAAGUAUUAUAAACAAUUAAGGAAUAGCCGAUAAAAGACUGAGAAUGGGAGUGUGAGACAGAGUCCUUGGCGAUUAAAUAAGCUCGAAUACCCCUCAGUAAUAAAUUAAAGUCAACAAAAGCUAGCGCUGAUUAGUUAGCUAUCGAUGUCAGCGAGGUAAAUAACAAAGUUUAACAAAUUACGUCAGGCUCGAAUCGAAACGGCCAAUAAAAAAAUUUGCAAAUCAAUGCAAAUGACGGGGCAAACAAUGAAGGGCGAAGGGGAGUUGGGAAUCGGGGGACUUUGAUAGGUGGCCGCACACAAAACCAAAAGCAGAAUUAAUUAAGCAAAGUGCGAGGGGGAGGAGAAAGGGGGCUGUCCCCAGAUUAGCAAAAGAUGUCAGUGUGUCACAAGGAUGCCGAUAAACGAGUUUUUCCCUCUUUCGAUUUUGAAUAUUAGACAAAUCGAAUUAGUUUUUUUUUGCAACCGAAACAGGAAAAACGGGAAAGUUUAGCCAAAUGCUGAUACAGAAGUCGAGAUGCUCUGAAAUUAGUAAACUUUACUUAAAGUUAUGCUGUCGAAAUAAAAAGGUAGUGAUUCAUUAAAAAAAAACCAAAUGGGCUUUUAUUAUUCUGAUUCAUGGUUGCUUAAUUGGGCAUCAAAAUAAAUUAUGAGGUACUUAUUUUAAAUAAAUAGUAAAACAUAAGUGAAAAGCAUUUUAAUAUAUAACAUUAUUUUGUAAUUUAAUUACAUUAUUUUCCUUUAUACAAAAUGAUUUGUUGUGAAUGAGACCUUUUAUGAUACAUAUAUUUACAUUAAUAUUCACUUUGUUUAAAGAUAAUAUACAUUUUUUAUAGUUUCCACACUAUUUAACACUGCAAUUUUUGAACAAUUAUGUAGUUUCUGUUGCAUAUUGGAGCUAAACAAAAAAUAAAACAUUAUCUUGAUCUUGAAUCUUGAACCAAUACAUGUCUUUAAUAAAUUAUCUGUUUUGCAAGUAUCAAUUUUUGAGAGACCUGUUCUAAAUAAAAUCUUCAAAAAGUGGAGUUUCUAUGCGCCACAAAACUAAUGGUUUAUUAAUCAAACUCUUGUACUUUUGACAGACCUGUUCCACACACUUUCCUUCAAAUCAAACAUUUGCCGAUGGCCUAUUCCGUCCGUUUAAUGAAAGUGCACCGGCAGCGCAUGUUGGCAGCAACAUGCAACACACGGCAGCAGCAGCAGCAGCAGCAACAGUUGCUGCAACAAGUUGCACUUGCAUGCGCGGCAGUGCACUGAGGCGUGCAGGUGGAAGCGAGACGGGGCGAGGUGCGACAGGGACGGCGACACAGAUGCCGGGGCACACAGACAAUAUACUUUAGAAUUUUAGUUUAAUGAUUUGUAACCGGUUUUCGAGGUGGCAACUCCCGUGAGACGGCUGCUGCUGUUGCAGUUGCUGCAGGGCCCCUCCCCACCACUCGCCGCCUCUGUUUAAUUACACUUCUUCCUACGAACAACUAAAAAAAUAAUAACAAUAGCGGAAGUUAUACAAAAGCCGCAGAACCGGCCGCAUAACAAAAAAAGAAAAAAAGAAAAAAGAGUAGGAACAACAAAAUAACAAGGGUUGAGAGAUAAGGCAAAGAACUCGUCGGCAGAAGGGCGAAAAAGUGUGGGGUUACGGCGACUACGAGCGUAUAACAUGUGACGAAAGCAGUCGGCUGGAUUCGAGUUUAACAACAUUUAACUGUUGUUUACACUCUUGAUUGCCCUAUUCCGUUCUAACUAGUGCAGAAAAAGCUCACACACACUUCUUUCCCGUAUUCUGCAAUAUUAAAGUAUUUAAAAUUUACCCAGGCAAUCUAUCCAAAAGCUACUGCAGUCGUUUGAAAUUAGAAAUCUUUGGGAAAUUAGUUCAUUAAAGAUCUAGGCUAUAAGAGAUACAUCAAUAAAAUCUCUUAGCAAUGUUCGUUUUUUGUAAGUAUAAAACCGGGCUCGAACAUAAAUUAACAAUACAGUUCCGGUUCUCAAAAAUGUUUGUUAUUCAAUGAUUAUAAAUAUAAAAUGUAAAAAUUAGAAAAAAAACAAGCUAAAAUUUGUAAGAUAAAAAUAAAUAUCAGCUUUGAUUGUGUACAUAAAUGAUAAUUAAAAUGAUUAAAGAAAAAUUCUAAACCUUUUCUUGGUAAAAAUAUUCAAAUUAAUUUGUUUUUGGGAAAUUUUUAAGACUCCAAAUAUAUUAUUGGUAAUAAAUAGCCACAUUAGUAGUAAGUAGCAUUAUCUGAAAUAUCCUAAGUUGUAAAAAUAGUUUUAAUGAACACCUUAAAUACACGACAUCCAUUAAGUGAAAAACGUGUUUUUGCAUACAACUCCGAAAUAAUUUGUCGCCUGCCUUAAACGCGAAAUCCGCGUGAAAAUUAAAAAGUGUCCCUCGUUAAACA